AUGUCUGCCGAAAAGCGACCCGCCGACGACGAUCCGUCGUCGCGAAUGCUCGUCAAGAGGCAGAACGUGAGCUCGUCGGACGGCGCGCUGGCCCGACUCAAUGCGUCCAGCAACGCCCUCGUGCAGACGGUGCCGCGCACCAGCGGUUUGCAGUCCCCAGUGAUGGAGCUGACGGGCCACUCUGGCGAGAUUUUCGCGGCCAAGUUCGACCCAACCGGCAAUCUGAUCGCGUCGGGAUCUAUGGACAGGAGCAUAUUGCUUUGGCGGACAUACGGCGACUGCGAAAAUUACGGCCUGCUCAAGGGGCACAAGGGCGCGGUCCUUGACCUGCAGUGGUCACGCGAUUCCGAAAUACUGUACUCGGCGUCCGCAGACACGCACCUCGCGAGCUGGGACCUCACAUCGGGGGCGAGGAUCCGCAGGUACAUUGGUCACGAGGAGGUGAUCAACACCAUGGACGUCAGCAAGCGCGGCGAGGAGCUCCUCGUCAGCGGCAGCGACGACUCAACGAUCGGAAUCUGGGACCCGCGGACGAAGAACGCCGUCGACUACAUCGAGACGGACUUUCCCAUUACGGCCGUGGCCAUCUCGCAAGCCGGCAACGAAAUCUUCUCGGGCGGCAUCGACAACGACAUUCGGGUGUGGGAUCUGAGGAAGAAGUCGGUCGUCUACUCGAUGCUGGGCCACUCGGACACGGUCACGUCGCUGAGGGUUUCGCCGGACUCGCAAUCGCUGCUGUCGUACGCCAUGGACGCGACGGUGAAGACGUGGGACAUCCGGCCGUUUGCGCCCACGGAGCGCCAGAUUCGCACGUUUGACGGAUCAAACAUGGGGAUCGAGAAAAACCUCCUCGGCGCCAGCUGGGACGCGGAGGGCAAGAAGAUUGCGGCGGGAUCGGGCGACGGCACGGCCAACGUGUGGUCGAGCGAGACGGGCAAGCUCCUGUACAAGCUCCCCGGCCAUCGCGGCACCGUCAACUGCGCCGAGUUUGCGCCGAGCAAGGAGCCCAUACUUCUCACGGCGUCCUCGGACCGGAAGAUGCUCCUCGGCGAGCUCAAGUGA